AUUCACACUAAAAAAUUGAAAAACAAAAAAGAAGUCCCAAGAGAGAAGAGAGAAGAGAGAGAGAGUGAAGGGCGUACACUUUAUUGCCUUUUUUAUGAUGUACGCAUCCAUGGCAGAACAGAGAAGGCCACAGACCACUGCUACAACACAAGGCUAGAAGAAAUCCAACCCAACUCCCCAAGUGAUAAGAAAAGAGAGGAGAGAGAGAGAGAGAGAGAGAGAAAUAGGAGCUGAAAAUGGAGUUAGAGAGAGAGAGAUGAAGAUGGAAGCGAGGAGGAAGAGGAGGUUCUGGGUUUCUAGUGAGAAGAAGAAAUGGGGAAUUUGAAUCUGUAGUGAAAUGGGGUUUUGAUUUUGAAGGGAUUGGAUUCGAUGGCAUGCAAGGAGAAAUGGUGGGUUUCAAUUUGAAGAACCCUUUGAGCGAAACCCUGUGGAAUUUUGUGUUGUGGUUGUCCGACGACGGCGUUUUUAGGGCGCUCUGGGUAUGAGGGGUAGUAUUUCGUUUCACUUUCAGGGGAAGAAGAAGGGGGAGUUUGAGAUUUCACCUUCUUCUCCGAUUUGCUCUGGUUUUGCAGAAAAGUGGGUCAAGAAAGGGCAGAAGCAAGAAAUAGAAGACAAAGAAGAGGAAGAAGAAGAAGGGGUUUCUUAUUUUCUUUUACCCAACAACGAACCCACCUCCGUUCUUCAUAUGAGAAGCCCCAGCCCUCCCACAUCGGCCUCCACUCUGUCUUCUUCCUUUGGCGGCGGCGGCGGAGCUUUGACGGAAAACACCGGCGGAUGUGUUCCUUCUCUUCCCCCGGAGACGCCUGCUACGUCGGGGAUUGAACCUCUGGCCGGUGGGACGGCGAUUUUUUCCGGUGCGUUAGAGCGAUGUGGGGUUGGAUUGGAAGAUUUGGAGAGUAUGUGGUCGGAGACGGCCGGGCCAGAGCAGUCGUUUCUCCGGUGGAUCGCCGGGGAUGUGGAAGAUCCCACUCUGGGGAUUAAGAAUCUUCUGCAGAAUGGGAAUCUGGGGUUUGAUUUUGAGGGCAAUGCUGGUAUCGGAAUCGUCGAUCAGGGUUCCGAAUUCGACCCCGGGUCCGGUAAUGUUCUUGCCAACAUCAAUCCUAAUUUAUCGUUUCCUCUUCCUGUUUGUACUGGGUUUUCGGACGUUAAUGGGAACAAGUCUUUGAGUAGAAGCUCUUGUGGGGUUGUUAAUUACAAGAGUUCUAGUUUGGGGAUGAACAAUCGCCAUGGAAACUUUAAUGUGCAGAGCCCCAUGUUUUCUGGGUCUGUUGAGAAUCUUGUUGUUCCUGUUUCUGGUAUGGUUUAUCCGCAGCAGCUUCAGCCGUUUGAGAGCUUAGAUGAGAAGCCUCAGAAUUUGAACCCUCAGGUUAUGAUGAACCAGCAUCAGCAGCCUCAGAAUCCAAGCUUUUUUGUGCCGUUGAUGUUUGGUCAACAGGAACAGCAGCAGCAGCUGCAGCAGCCUCAACUGAAGAGGCACAAUUCGAGUGGAGUCGACCUCCCGAACGGGCAGAUCCCAAAAGUUCCGUUUAUGGAUCCAGGGAAUGAGAUUUUUCUGAGGAAUCAUCAGUUGCAGGUUCAGCAGCAGCAGCAGCAUUUGGGUUAUCCGCCAGGGUUGCAGUUUCUUCCUCAGCAAAAGGCAUUGUCGCCGAAGCCGAAAGUUGUUGGGCUUGGCGGUGAUGAAAUGACGUAUCACAAUCCCCCACAGCAACAUGCUUUGCUCGACCAGCUCUACAAGGCAGCGGAGCUGGUAGGGACUGGGAAUUUCUCACACGCGCAAGGGAUAUUGGCGCGGCUCAAUCACCAGCUCUCACCUGUUGGAAAGCCCCUUCAAAGGGCUGCUUUCUACUUCAAGGAGGCUCUUCAAUUGCUCCUCCUUAUGAACAACCCAGUUAAUCCCCCUCCACCUCGCUGCCCGACACCGUUUGAUGUGAUCUUCAAGAUGGGUGCUUACAAGGUGUUCUCGGAAAUUUCCCCGCUCAUUCAGUUUGUGAAUUUCACCUGCAACCAGGCACUGCUCGAGGCCCUUGAUGAUGACGAUCAAAUUCACAUUGUAGAUUUCGAUAUUGGUUUCGGAGCUCAGUGGGCUUCGUUUAUGCAGGAACUGUCCUUGAGGAACCGGGGUGCACCAUCGCUAAAAAUCACUGCUUUUGCCUCUCCCUCCACUCACCAUCCGAUUGAACUCGGGCUUAUGCGCGAAAAUCUUACUCAAUUUGCUAAUGACAUUGGAAUAAGUUUUGAGUUCGAAGUGGUUAACUUUGAUUCUUUGAACCAGAACUCCUUUUCCUUGCCAUUUUCUCGAGCAAGCGAAAACGAGGCUCUUGCAGUAAACUUCCCUCUAUGGUCCACAUCAAAUCAACCAGCACUGCUACCGUCUCUCCUCCGUUUCAUCAAGCAACUCUCGCCAAAAAUUGUGGUUUCCUUGGACCGGGGGUGUGAUCGAAGUGACCUCCCAUUCCCUCAGCAUUUGCUUCAGGCACUUCAGUCCUACAUUAACCUCCUGGAAUCUCUGGAUGCCGUUAAUAUGAAUUCGGAUGCUGUGAACAAGAUCGAGAGGUUUCUUCUGCAACCAAGAAUUGAAAGCACUGUUCUGGGGCGGCUUCGGGGACCUGAAAGAAUGCCCCUUUGGAAGACACUCUUUGCCUCAGCCGGGUAUACACCAGUAACAUUCAGCAACUUCACCGAAACUCAAGCGGAAUGUGUAGCAAAGAGAACUUCUGUGAGGGGAUUUCACGUCGAGAAACGCCAGGCUUCCCUAGUCUUAUGCUGGCAGCGCCGGGAGCUCAUCUCUGCUUCAGCUUGGAGGUGUUGAAAAAAGGGGAGAUUGGGGUUCUUACCAACUCUUAUUAUGGCAGAGGUUCCGAUUUAUCUACUUCUAUAAUUAAUCAUCAAUAAUAUUGAACUGUUUUGUGGUAUCUCUUAAGUAGCUUUAACUUUCAUUACUUGUCAUUCUUGCUACAAUUUCUGCCCUCGAUUCAUUUGAGUCCAGACAGACUAGCUUCCUUAGUGUAACUAAAAAUCUAACUACAAGCAUGUUAGUAGUAUAUUAUUUCUUUUGCAAACACUGGCAUUGUUGCUCUGGUA